AUGGAUCAUUCAACAAAUGCCCGUUCAAUUGGAAGACGGCGAUUAUUCUCAAUCGAGGGUAGCUAUUAUGAAGACAAUCUUCCAGGCGUGGCUGCACCGUUGGAUAGUGAUUAUGAGUUCAGGACAGCAAGAGAAGAUCAUCAGCCUCUAAAUGAAUUGUACAGUCCAACAGAAAAUGACAGGAGUAAAGGAUAUAUUUUUGCCGACGGUGCCAAGAGUAGUUCCGGCAUCUCUUCAAGUUGUUAUACAAGCUCUUCACGGAGUUGCGAGCUUCCAGACUGUGAUCAACAACAAAAAACAACCCCACGAGAGAGGAGAAGGUCCCCCCGAUUAGACGACUCUUCAAUCGUUCCUACACACCGUGCCCAGUUCGAAUUUAUGCCUAGACAUGCUGACGAAUUGAGAUUAGAUCGUGGGGAUGCUGUGCAUGUAAACGAGAAAUUUAAUGACCAUUGGUGCUUUGGCCUGAAUCUCCGUUCAGGGCAACGUGGAAUAUUUCCUGAAGCUCUCAUAGUUGAAAUAGAUUUGGUGGAUGAAAUUUGCAAAAAAGUUCUUCCUGAGACUAAGAUGAGAUUGGAACGUGAUACUUUUUAUUUGACAAUGCUUGCUUCUGUUGAAGUUGCCCAUCACAAGGGAAACGAUAUUUUGGUUCAAGCGAUUAAUAAGGUCUGUUCAAUGUAUCUACAAAAGGAUGAGAUCCUUGUACCUCAAACGGUAUUAAUGGAAAUUUCAUUCCGUGGAAUUCAUGUAAUUGACAAACGGAAAAAAGACAUAUUUCGUUGCCCUACUUUUGACUAUUUUUACAGCCUACAGAACAUCUCCUUUUGUGGAGCCCACCCAAAAGAAUUACGGUAUUUUGGCUUUAUCACCAAACACCCCAUUUUGCCUCGCUUCGCUUGCCACGUAUUUCUUUCUAAUGAAUCUACUCAAGCUAUUGUUGAAGCUAUUGGACGUGCUUUUAAACGUUCCUAUGAUGAGUAUAUGGCUUUUGCCCAUCCAACGGAGGAUAUUUUCUUAGACGAAUAA